AGAAACAAACACUAUAUGUUGUUUAUUUGUCAUAAAUAUUUUAAUAUUUUUUUUUGUCAAAAUUGCGAUGGAAUGUUUCCCAUUUUAAAUUAAAGAGAAUAAUAGAAUUUUAGAGAAUGGUCAAAGUGGGCAUCAACGGUUUCGGCCGUAUUGGGCGUAUGGUUUUAAGAACAUGCAUUCUAAAGAAUGGCAACAAACAAGGGGGAAAUCUGGCCCAAGUCGCCGCCAUAAACGACCCUUUCAUCAAACCACCUCAAAUGGCGUAUUUAUUUAAGUACGAUUCAACUCACGGUCACUUCCAAGGGGAUGUUUCGCACGAGGGUGAAUGUCUGAUUGUUAAUGGAUGCAAAAUAGCAACAACCCAUGAGAGAGAUGUAAAGAAGAUCGAUUGGAAAAAAAGCAGCAUCGAUUACGUUGUGGAAUCAACGGGAGUGUUCACAACAUGCGAAAAAGCUUCCAUGCAUUUCCAAGGUGGUGCGAAAAGAGUAAUCAUUUCUGCUCCAUCGAAAGACGCUCCCAUGUUUGUGGUUGGGGUUAAUCACGAAUGUUGGGAUCCGGAAAUGCAAGUCAUUUCAUGCGCCAGCUGUACAACUAAUUGUUUGGCUCCCCUUUGCAAAGUUAUCCAUGAAAACUUCGAAAUUAUCGAGGGUUUGAUGACAACGAUUCACUCGAUUACUUUGUCUCAAAAAACGUUGGAUUCUCCGGGAAGAGAUUGGAGAGGAGGUCGUGGUUCCAUGCAAAACAUUGUGCCAUCUUCGACGGGUGCUGCAAAAGCUAUAUCGAAAGUUAUCCCUGAGUUGAAUGGGAAAUUAACCGGAAUGGCUUUUCGUGUACCAACUCCGGAUGUUUCCGUUGUUGAUUUAACCGUGAGGUUGAAGAAAGAAGCCCCUUAUGAUCAAAUUAAAUGCAAAGUAAAGGAAGCAUCCGAAACUUACUUGAAAGGCAUUUUGGGUUACACCGAAGAGGAGUGUGUUUCCCAAGAUUUUUGUGGUGACCAACGAUCAAGUAUUUUUGAUGCCAAAGCUGGUAUUCCUUUAAACAAGUGCUUCGUUAAGCUGAUUUCUUGGUACGAUAACGAAUUUAUGUACGCUUGCCGAGUAGUUGAUAUGCUCAAUUACAUUGCUUCUAAGGAUUGUUAAAACGGAAGAUCUCUGUGUGUAGACCAUUACUUUGUUUAUGGAUGUCCUCUUUGAUACAUUUUAUAAACACUAUACAUUAGAAAAAUUAUAGAAAAUAUUAAAACAAUUUAUGAAUCAA